UUUAGCGAACACGCACAGUUCCUUGGCCAACAUGGCGGCGACUUGACGAAGGCAGCGGGAUGAAGAGGGUGAGGGCUUGAAAAAGCAAAGAGGUCCGUGACAGGUUGCGGGCCCAUCCGCCGACACCUAGCCAAGACCAUGUUGGGAGAGGACAGCCGCCGCAGCGUCGCGCGACCGAGGUGUCGGUGAGCGUGCAGAUAAGAGAAGACGCGCUCGCGAGGCCACGCAGGAGGAGAGGGGGAGCGGAGCGGCGUUCGGCUCGUCUCGGCGCGGGGCUAGGACAGCAGCGGCUUCCCCCCGGUCGGUCAGCCAUGGAGGAUGCGGCCCGGGCUUGCCAGCGUCUAAUUUGCCAGCCGGCCCACGCUCACUUGGAUGGGAAUUAGCCGUGGAGGCCAAGGCAAGCCGGGACAAGCCAGCGGUCGACACCUGAAGGGGGAGGAACGCGAAGCGGACCCCACGUCAAUGACUGUUGCGGCAGAGGAGCCGCCACGGUGGAGUCGGCAGGUUCCCAAAAUAUGACCAGGGGUGCUGGGACGUGUUGGCAGCAAGAUGACGACGACGGCUUCCGAAUCUGGCUAGAACCCCCGCGCGAGAACCAAAAGCCAUUCACCGACUCCGAGAGGGCACAGAGAUGGCGACUGUCCUUGGCAUCCCUCUUGUUUCUCACCAUCCUCCUCUCUGAUCACCUGUGGUUCUGCGCCGAGGCCAAACUGGCCAGGACCCGGGACAAGUUCCGAUCGUCCCGCCUCCUCUCUCCCCAGACCCAUUCAGCACACAGCAGCCUCCGAGAAAACCCUCUCGCUAUUUUUGUAGGAAACUCGAGCAAAGAUUUGUGGCGGCUGGAAACUUGCCACGCGGACACUUUGUCCAACACCUGCUUGACUUUCGCCGACGCCGACCAAUUGUGCAGGGGCCUCUUCAGUCAAGAGGGCACGUCGGGUGUAAAUAUGAGCGAUUUGUACCUCUCCUUUUGUAACUCCUACUCGCUGCUGGAUUUGCUCAGCGGCUCGAUGAGUCCGGACAAUUUGAACUGCAGCCUGGACGUGUUUGACGACGGCGACACGACCCGAUGCAGCUUAUGUGUGCAGGCGUACCAGCGCUACGACCAGCACGCCCAGGAGAAGUACGAAGACUUUGAGCUCCUCAGUUGGAAAUACGACCCGUCUGAGUAUUCAGUACGGACGUGCAUGGAGCAGUGCAAGUCGGCGUACAAGCCCUGGCUGUGUGCUCAGUACUUCCCCACCGCGCAACUGCCGUGUCAAAGAAAGAUAUCGUGCCACCAGUACUGCCUGGAGGUCCAACAGAGCUGUCCGUACAUCCUGCCGGACAACGACGACUUGAUCCAUGGCGGCAGCCCCAGCUUCAUCUGCACGGGACUCUUCACAGAGCAUCCAUCAGAGAGCAAGGAGGAUUGCUGCGACGUCCGAUGGGACUCCAACACGGACGGCCCCUCGGGCGAGACGCUAAAAAGGACUGGCUCCGCCUGCCGGCGCAAGGGAGCCUCGGUCACCUCCGCCGCCACCCCGAGACUGUACAGCGGGCGGCUGAAGAUCUGCCUGCUGGCGCUCGUCCUCCUGCACACUGUCAUCAUCAUAUCGGCCUCCCAUAACUCCACGUUGGCGAGCCCCGUUGUCACCUUCUCACCGGAGAAGAGCACAUCCAACGAGGAUUGAACAUCGGGGUUGGUCCAGGCUUAAGGUUUGUCGCUUUUGCAAAUGCGUCUGGGAUUGCCUCUGGAAAAAAGAAAAAACACCCAGCAGAGGAUGCGAGGAGGGCUUGGAGUGGACUGCACCGCCCUUUUAAAGAAGUGACCUCUUGCCACUUAAAACCUGCUCAUUGUUUCUAUUCCAGCCAUAUGUUCAGGAACAUCUCGUGCCUCCACCUCUCCUUUCUUUAUGUUUCGUUAUGUUUUCCCCGGUUUCUGUGUCUGGAUUGCACGUCCGAAUGGUUAGCGACGAGGUGGUCGUUUGAAUUUUUGAUCCUUCUUUUGACUCCUCCGCACUAUUUCCCUUCCUUCCUCUUCCUUACAACCUUGUAGUAAGUCACCCAUCACUCCUUUUGGUCUUUCAAAAUUCAGCUCCGAGAGAUUUCGUUAACGCUUCCCCUCCCUCCCUCUGAUGCUACAUGCCUCAACAGUUUAGGCCUCAAGUGCACUGAGACUAAAAGUAACGGCGCCAAGCAGUGCGCGCCAGGUGGUGUUAAAUUGACCUCAUGAUGGCGGCAGUGGUGGCACUAAAUUGACAGUUGGCUCAUGGACGUUGUUGUCUCUGACGCUGUAGGAAUAAAACAAGUGGGGGGCGAGUGGGAAGAUGAAAACAGCAAAGUUAUUGAAACCAAAACCCCAGGGGGCCUCAUUUAUCAACUUCUGCGUGCACAAAGUUGACCUAUUUCUAUAACACACACAAAACCAACUCAUAUUCUUGUGUAGGUUUAGAAUUUUGGAAUCAAUUAAAUAUACUCAUCUCAUUCUACUUCAAAACACUACUCUGCACGGCGUUCUUUUUCCACCUUUGUAGUUUCACCUUAAGAGUAAUCACAAAAAAUACUAUGUCACAGCCCAGAUUAUUUCCUUCAACCUAAAUGCAAUCUGAAUGCAUGUUUAGCCACAAAACCGCAACAAUUUCUAGUCAUCUCAAUGUGUUUAGUAUAUUCAACAUUUUUUGUAACAUUUCUUAAAAACACUAAAACACAAAUUACAAUGUUAUAUUUCAACAAAUCCAAAAAUACAGUUGUGCCUCACAAUGCAAGUGACAAUUUUUUUCCAGAUAUAAGCUAUCGUUCUCUCGCUUUUUUUUCUUUGACUUGCCAACAAAAAUGUUUUCGAUAUUAUGUAAACCAUAGAUGAUAAACGUAAAAGAAAUAUAGAAUUAUACAUUUUCUACAUUUAAAACAAUCAUUUCAUUUCACCUUCAAGUCUAUCUUAAUACUAAUGCAUCAUAAGAAAUGCCGUAGAAUGGCUGCCCAAUACCAUCUUUAUGGUAAUUGGUUAACGAUUUAAGGAAUGGCUAUUUGAACACAAACGGUGUCACAACACAUGUAGCCAGACAAUAUUACAAUAUUCACUGGCAUACAUUUGUUAUCAUCUGUGAAACACGAAUAGUAACAUAGUAGAGUCACAGUAAGUGGAGUGAAAUUCUGUCUGCAUGAUUAUUAUACUGCCAGCUGGUGGCCACACACCAGAAGGAACUGCAAAGAACUAAGAGUGAUGCUCAAAUUGUUUAUUCUUUACAUUCUAUUUUAUUAGGUUAUCACAACAGUAUAUGUUUUAUAAAGUAAAAAUUCGUAGAGCUCAAGUUUCCUUAUUAAAAAACAUGACACAAUUUUGGUGUUAUUUUUUGGGAGGGGGGGAAUGAAACAGAUUACGGCAUUAAAGGUAUGGUCGCUUAAUGGAUUGAGCUCAUAUUUUAAGGCAGCACUACUAAAUUUAGUUGACAAAAAUAUGUAAGAUUCAGAAAAUCAAACGAUAGCAUCUUCUUGCUAACGCUAUUGAUGUUUUUAUUUAACCUGAUAUGUAGAAGACAUACUACGUUACCUCCAGACACUUUUUGUUCUUCGACACGCAGGUUGAUAAUUGAAACCCCGCAUCUUGAGUGCCUCUAUGCUGUUACACCCCAAGUCAGGCAAUGGGGCAAUAUUAUAUUCAUUUAAAAAUGAAUCAAAGAAAGUUGUGUGUAUUGCAACAUUCAUGCCACCCUGAUGACCCAGACAAGCAAAGGGCUCCAUUCGCAUUGGCAUGUGAGGAAAGUGAGGAGAAUUCAAGGGCUGAUCCAUCCCACCCGUGUGAAUUAUUUUGACUUGUGGCCAUCUGCUGUGUAAAGUUCACAAUGGUGACUGAGUUUAAAGUUAUGAGAUCAUCAGUUAGCAUCCUAUAAAGUGAGAAGUGCAGCCUGGUUAGGCUGGCAAAGGACUGAUCCAACCACAAUGUGCCAAUCCCAACAAUGGUUGUGGUGGUAAACGAAUCUUCGAAUGGUGACACUGAAACGAAUAGAGCAAAUUUAUAAAGUAAAGUUAGAGCCGGGUAAUUUGAAAUUUCUGAGAAAGAACAACCUAAUCUGGUCUGUCUGAAAAGAAAAAGGCACACGGCGUAACUGCCCAAUCCCAGUCCUGUAACUACAGCGCCAUCUGCUGGAUCUGGUUGGUCAUCACCACACUUGGCCCGCAAUCCAAAUGGGCCUUUAACUGUUGUUUAUUACAUUUGCACCUUACUUUGGAUAGAUGUUUCUCUCUCUCUCUCUCUCUCUCUCUCUCUCUCUCUCUCUCUCUCUCUCUCUCUCUCUCUCUCUCUCUCUCUCUCUCUCUCUCUCGCAAAGAAAUUCCAUUUCAAAUUGUCUUGCUAUUUCUCUUGUUGCCAUUUUGUUUCCUUCCUGUUGUUUUUUUAGAUGCAACCACGAACCGUCUGACCCCAGCCCGGCUUCGGUCCUCAUUAAAUGUCCAUUUGUGCCUGUUGAUUUUCAAAGCCAUUCAUAGACUUUUACUUCCCGACCUUCGGACUACCACCCUUGUCUGACCCUCCUUGCCCAUCUCUAAGAACAUUCCCCGGAAGACAGCAGCGGAUGUAUUCGUUCCUCUGAUUUCUAAACAGUUCAUGUUGCGUGCAUCUAUGCAGAAGAUGCUUUCUGUUGUAAAUAUGUCGCUGCAAAAUGGCUUCCCAUUGCCCUCUGCAGACUUACAUCUCGAACCCUCUGUUUGAAUCUCACUGUGAUUUCUGUUCGCCUCCUCAGUUUUUGUCUGCUUUUGGAGAUUGUUAUUGCCGCAUUUUUCUGUUGUCUACUGCAGUGGUGUGACUUGAUGAGUAGGACUAAGUUGGAUGUUUAAAAAGAAGUGAUGAAGAGGUCGUGAAAAAAAACCGUUCAAAAAACAACACUUGAAUUAUGAAAAGGGUUCCAAUACAAAAAAAUGAUAAUGUUAUCAUAUUGUCAUACUAGAGAUGCUUUAGUUUGCUAUUUUCCUUUCUUUUCUACGAAAGACUUGAUGAAAUGAAAUUAUUUAUAAAAAUUCGUCCCUCGAGUCAUGAUCUUUUGGGGAUGUGAGAAAAAAAUGUAUUUAUUAACAUUUUGUUCGAAAUAAAAUAAAAAUUAUGUUACACAUUA